AUAAUAGAUCGUCGCGUCUGUGACUUUUACGAUUAUUCGUGGCUAGUUCUUGCGAGUGUGAGGUUUGCUGCAAUAAAAAAUGAAGUUGCUAGUUUUAAGUUUUGUUGGCUUAUUAGCAAUAUAUUCUGUAAAUUGUGAUGUAUAUUUUGAUGAAAAGUUCCCUGAUGAUUCAUGGGAAUCCAAUUGGGUAUACAGUGAGCACCCUGGAAAAGAAUUUGGUAAAUUCAAAUUAACUGCUGGAAAGUUCUACAAUGAGCCAGAAGAAGACAAAGGUCUGCAAACAUCUGAAGAUGCAAGAUUCUAUGCACUGUCAACUAAAUUCAAGCCAUUCUCCAACGAAGGCAAGGACUUGGUGAUUCAAUUCACUGUGAAACAUGAACAAGAUAUUGACUGUGGUGGAGGUUAUGUCAAGGUAUUCGACUGCAAGUUGGACCAGAAGGAUAUGCAUGGAGAGUCACCGUAUGAGAUCAUGUUUGGUCCUGACAUUUGCGGCCCUGGUACUAAAAAGGUUCAUGUAAUCUUCAGCUACAAAGGCAAGAACCAUCUGAUCAAGAAAGACAUCCGCUGCAAGGAUGAUGUGUACACCCACUUGUACACCCUGGUUGUGAAGCCAGACAACACCUAUGAGGUCCUCAUUGACAAUGAGAAGGUGGAAUCUGGCAAUCUUGAGGAUGACUGGGAUUUCCUCCCACCAAAGAAGAUCAAGGACCCAUCAGCUAAGAAACCAGAAGACUGGGAUGACAGGCCCACAAUCCCAGACCCAGAAGACAAAAAGCCAGAGGAUUGGGAAAAGCCCGAGCACAUCCCGGACCCAGAUGCCACCAAACCUGAAGAUUGGGAUGAUGAGAUGGAUGGCGAAUGGGAACCACCAAUGAUUGAUAACCCUGAGUACAAGGGUGUAUGGGCUCCAAAACAGAUUGACAACCCGGACUACAAAGGUGCUUGGGUUCACCCGGAAAUUGAUAAUCCAGAAUACACAGCAGAUGCAAACCUUUACAAGCGUGAUGAAAUAUGCUCUGUGGGUCUUGACCUGUGGCAGGUUAAGUCAGGCACCAUUUUCGACAAUUUCUUCAUCACCGACGAUGUGGAGGCUGCCAAGCAAAGAGGAGAGGAGAUCAAGAAGAGAACAGAGGGAGAGAAGAAGAUGAAGAGUGAACAGGAUGAAGCAGAGAGGGAGAAAGAUAAGGACAAGACAGAUGAUGAUGAAGAUGAUGAGGAUCUGGAUGAUGACGCGGGUGAAGCGGCGCCUGUGGAGGAGCACGACGAGUUGUAAGCGUAAUAGUGUAGAGACAUUGGUUACCGCAGGGUAUACGCGCACUGAUGUAUGUGUUACGUGGCAUUACAGUGUUAUAAGUUUGUGUGCAAUUUCCUUUUUUUUUUAUCACAAGGUGCAGUUUGACAGCGCUCAUUUUAAGUCUAUUUAAAAUAACAUCUAAGUAUUUAUGCGCAAAGUGUACUGAUUAUUAUUUAUGUAUAUUAUGUAAUGUUUUUAUUUUUACAACUUGGUGCACAUGAGUGUUUUAACUUCAUUAUUUUUAUAUCUCUGUCUGUCUACACUCUCUACAUGUGUACUAGGGUAAUCAUUUAUCUGUGGCACCGUGUGCCAAUGUGUGAACGAAGGUGUCGCUAGUCGGCUGUGCAUAUGUAGCCUAAUUUUGGUCAAUGUAAGUGUGAGGAUUUGUUUUGUUAUGAGUCUGAUUAAAUUAAUAUAUAAUAAA